UAUAAAAACACCAUUCUUUACACCCUAACCCAACGUAACCAUUCUUUUCAGUCUUCUCUUAUUCUCUGCGCCGCUGCGCUUCGCAAACCCAACCUAACAGUUCAGAUCUCUCUUAGCUGUUGACUCCGAUCUAACAAUGGCCGGAAAAGGAGACGGUCCCGCUAUCGGUAUCGAUCUCGGUACCACUUACUCUUGCGUCGGAGUGUGGCAGCAUGACCGUGUUGAAAUCAUCGCCAACGACCAAGGUAACAGAACCACGCCCUCUUACGUAGGGUUCACCGAUUCCGAGCGUUUGAUCGGUGAUGCCGCCAAGAACCAGGUCGCCAUGAACCCCACCAACACUGUCUUUGAUGCUAAGCGUUUGAUCGGAAGGAGGUUUACUGAUACUUCCGUACAGAGCGACAUAAAGCUGUGGCCUUUUAAGGUGAUUGCUGGACCUGGUGACAAGCCCAUGAUUGUGGUUAACUACAAGGGUGAGGAGAAGCAGUUUGCUGCUGAGGAGAUUUCAUCUAUGGUCCUCAUGAAGAUGCGUGAGAUAGCUGAGGCUUAUCUCGGUUCCACCGUUAAGAAUGCCGUUGUUACUGUUCCUGCUUACUUCAACGAUUCCCAGCGUCAAGCCACAAAGGAUGCUGGAGUCAUUGCUGGUCUUAAUGUCAUGCGUAUCAUCAAUGAACCUACUGCUGCUGCCAUUGCUUAUGGUCUUGACAAGAAGGCCACUAGCGUGGGUGAGAAGAACGUGUUGAUCUUUGAUCUUGGUGGUGGUACCUUUGAUGUCUCUCUUCUCACCAUUGAAGAGGGUAUUUUUGAAGUUAAGGCCACUGCUGGAGAUACCCAUCUCGGAGGUGAAGACUUUGAUAACAGAAUGGUAAACCAUUUUGUUCAGGAGUUCAAGAGGAAGCAUAAGAAGGACAUCAGUGGAAAUCCUAGGGCUCUUAGGAGGUUGAGGACUGCCUGUGAAAGGGCUAAGAGGACUCUUUCAUCCACUGCACAGACGACAAUUGAGAUUGAUUCUCUUUACGAGGGUGUUGACUUCUACACCACAAUCACUCGUGCCAGGUUUGAGGAGAUGAACAUGGAUCUCUUCAGGAAGUGUAUGGAGCCUGUUGAGAAGUGUUUGAGGGACGCCAAGAUGGACAAGAGUACUGUCCAUGAUGUUGUCCUUGUUGGUGGAUCUACAAGAAUUCCUAAGGUGCAGCAGUUGUUGCAGGAUUUCUUCAAUGGCAAGGAGCUUUGCAAGAGCAUCAACCCCGACGAGGCUGUUGCUUAUGGAGCUGCUGUUCAGGCAGCUAUAUUGAGCGGUGAGGGUAACGAGAAAGUUCAAGAUCUCUUGCUGCUGGAUGUUACUCCACUUUCUCUUGGUUUGGAAACCGCUGGUGGUGUGAUGACUGUCCUUAUUCCAAGGAACACCACUAUUCCUACCAAGAAGGAGCAAGUUUUCUCUACUUACUCGGACAACCAGCCUGGUGUCUUGAUCCAGGUGUACGAAGGUGAAAGAGCUAGAACCAGGGACAACAACUUGUUGGGGAAAUUUGAGCUCUCUGGCAUUCCUCCAGCACCUAGGGGUGUUCCUCAGAUCACUGUUUGCUUCGACAUUGAUGCCAAUGGUAUCUUGAAUGUCUCUGCUGAGGACAAGACUACUGGCCAGAAGAACAAGAUCACCAUUACCAACGACAAGGGUAGACUCUCUAAGGAGGAGAUUGAGAAUAUGGUCCAAGAGGCAGAGAAGUACAAGGCUGAGGAUGAGGAGCACAAGAAGAAGGUAGAUGCAAAGAAUGCCUUGGAGAACUAUGCUUACAACAUGAGGAACACCAUUAAAGAUGAGAAGAUUGGCUCCAAGCUUUCUGCUGACGACAAGAAGAAGAUUGAAGAUGCCAUUGAAAAUGCAAUUCAGUGGUUGGAUGGUAACCAGCUGGCUGAAGCGGAUGAGUUUGAGGACAAGAUGAAGGAGCUUGAGAGCCUUUGCAACCCAAUCAUUGCGAAGAUGUACCAGGGUGGGGGUGCUCCUGACAUGGCUGCAGGUAUGGAUGAUGAUGCUCCGCCAUCUGGAUCCAGUGGUGCUGGGCCCAAGAUCGAAGAAGUUGAUUAAAUUUAUUUGAUGAUUUAGGUGUGCUUGUGGAUGGAUCUAUACUACAUUUCAGGGCCCUUUCAGUUUUUUUUUUUUUACUUGUUUUAGAAGUUCGGCCGACAUUUUGGUUUUGUUCGGGUAUGGGCUAUUGUCAUCAUUAAUACUGUUCUCUUUGUUAAAUAGUGACAUCCAGGUGAACACCUGGAAGGGAAACUGUUUGAAAUCUUUUGGCAAAGGAAACAAUUUUUUAAUGGCCAAAUGCCGUUCCCGUUAUUUUUCAAAUUUGUUCAUCGAUAGAUAAUUUGUUUAUCUUUGAUAUUUACAGCCACUGUUGUCGUGGGCUGAUGAUAAUUAAAUAGAAAUGAGAUCACACGGUACUAUAUUAGCAGUUGGACGGGACGGGAGUAUAUUUUGGGCAAUUGCGGUCGACGACUAAAGCGUAGUCAUUACGGAAUGGCAUAAGUCAAAUUCACAAUUUAGUUCCCUGUACAAGUCGUUGGCAUAGCAUUUGCCACCGUCUAGCUUUCAUUCGCGAAUUUCACAUGUGAACCCUACAUGGACGAUUUUCCUACUGUGGUCCAUAUUUGUGUAAUUGUGGCCGCUGAGGAAGUAAUAAGUUAUAUGAAUCAAAGUUUAUUCAAGACCAACGUUGAACUGGCUGAGGCAAUCUUUUGAAUUAACAAGGGGUAUGUUAGGGUCUAUUUAAUUCUCGUUUGGAAACACCAUUAAAAUGAAUAGAUUUUUCUAAAAGAAACUAUGGUUUGUGUGCUUCGGAAACAAAAAUAUCAAUUUUAUGAUUUAUCC